UAUUUUCAAACUCCGGUUUCAGGUCCAUGUCGUGAGCUGGCGUUCCCAAGUUUCCUUUUCUUUGCUAACAAGCGCUUGCUGAACCACACAAUAAGAGUUUUACAAGUUCAAGAUCUAGAUGAGUGCGAGUUACGAUGUUACCACGAAUACAAUUGUGUCAGUAUUAAUUUUAAAUUCAAAAUGCUUGCAAGAGGAAAAUACAGCUGUGAAUUGAACAAUUCAACACACGGCGAGCAUGAACGAGACCUUGUACCUGACCAAGAUCACUUUUAUCGUGGAACCAAAGUAAGAUGACAAAAACUUUCGUUUCAGUUAUUUCUUGCACAUGUUUCAAAUGUACUGUGUUUUAUUUCCAUGCAGUUGUUAGAAACGGUGAAGAACCAGAAACGUAAAUACUUGUGUUAUUGGCUUAUAUCGUCCUUGUUGUUUUGUACCGGUGGUAUAGACGGGACAUAUCUCUUGGAAAAUUAAGUAUGUCUACCAAAAGUUCUUUCACUUUUAGCCAAAUGACAUUAAAAUAGCAGGAGUGACCAAAAACGUGACUUCGGGUAAACAAAACUAAACAUCAACAAGGCCCAGUAAAGCCGGUUGUUACAGAAGGAAAUCAGGCACACAUUAAAAUAACUUGAGAAAUCCCUACUGACAAAACAAAUUUAGUGGCCAACUGAAAACUCUAGGGAGACAAUGCCGCCCCCCUUGCAAGAUUUAAAAUCACAUCAAGCUUGCUAUAUUGAUUAAGCCGAAGGAUGUUACAAAAAUUGCAUUUAUAUUUAUUGUUUGACUAUGAUUUUAAAACAUAGUGCCUUUCGCGGCGAAAGAGCAUUCAAACUUUUUUCUUUCAGAAUGCAUGCUCCAACUCUCCUUGUCAAAAUAACGGAACGUGUCAAUCAGGCUUCACCAAGAAAAGAUAUCGAUGUUUGUGUCCUGAUGGUUGGACAGGUGGAACAUGUAACAUGGGUAAGGCUCAAACAUGUAGUUCUUCACUAAACACUAAACCAUAAGGUUUUCUUGUCCUUUUUCCAGACAAGAAAAUGUACAAAAAAGCGUGAUUCACGUGCAAAGUUCGUUGUUUUGCUAAUCUAAACUUAUUGCUUUUUUGCUGUUCUCGUUGCCGUCGCUUAAGCUCGCAGUUUUCAUGUCGACAUGAAAAGCUCUCCAGUAUUGUAUGAAACGCCUGUUCACACUGCACAAAAGAGUGGCAUACAGAACCCUAUCCGAUAUGUGACGAUCCACUUUCGAGAUCGGUGCGGCAUUGCUUCACUCCUUUACAGAAGUUGCACCGAAAUCACCGUCCUCGCAUGUGUGGAAAGAAUAUACCCAAUAUGGCUUUUGUACCUAGUGCAAGAGCUAUCGGCGGGGGAGCUAUCUAGUAUCGUGUAGACCGGUAUAGCCUUAAACUCUCAUUCACGAUUUUAUUCACUAUCAUAUCCUAGAUAUUGAUGAAUGCGAUGAAAAGAGUCACAAGUGUAGCAAGAAUGCGACUUGUACAAACAAGAAAGGAUCUUACAAAUGCAGGUGCAAACAUGGUUUCCAUGGUGACGGCUACAACUGCACAGGUAUCCCAGUGUUUUAUCUUUCUGCUUAAAAUUUUAAACAGAAUAACAACACACUUACUUUUUAUCGUUUGUCGAGUGUCUCAGAAUUUUCUCUGGCGAAGAAUUGAUGUUCAUCACAAAAUGCUGUAAUCUUCAGCAAUGGGCAGAGCUGCUGUAAACGUUAUUUUUAUAUUAGAUAUUUUAUUGUACAGUCAAGCAUAAUUAGUCACAGUCUGUUAAGGGAGCGGUCAUUAACUAUUGGGGGGGAGGGCCGGUAUUAUUUCAAAAGCGAGGGCCCAAAAAUUUUAGCCCCUCUCAGGUUAACAGCCCAAAACUCCUGCCCCCUCCAAAAAUGUGUGCCCAAAAAAUUGUAACCCUCCCCUGUAAUAACUUUUUGAGUAUUCAAAUGUUGCAUCGUGAGAAUCCAUAUGAGCGUAACUUUGAGACAAUUUUUUCAUUGGAAUAAAAAAAAGUGUUAGUAUUCACAACAUUUACAAAACCCAAUUUUUUUCUUUUUGUUAGUACAAUAACCACACAACAGUUCAAUAAACACACCAGUAGUUCAAUGACCACACAUUAUUUCAUUGAGCGUAAACUACAUGUAGCUGCGGAAAAAAUAGCCACAACUACGUUAGAUAUUUUUUAAUUAGAAUGUCUAGCAUUAAGUAAGUGAUACUCAUUUAGCAACGAUACAAGAACUAAAUUUACAAAUAGCUAUGGCACAUUGUUAUAAAGUUUUAGUGAGCCCACUAAUAUAGACAGGAACCUGCAGCAACAUAGAUUGAUGUUAAUUAAGAAGUUCUAGUCUGCUCAGAAGGUCUGUCAUUUUCAUCAGGGGCACAGUGAACAGACAUGGAAAGAGAGUAAGCACUGAAAAGGGAAAGCUAACUCGGUCCGGAGAAAAAUUCGGAUACUAAAUAAACCGACAGAGCGCGCGUUGAUAAAGCAGACAACAUAACGGUUAGCGGUGGAUGAAACCUUGUUUUAACUCUCUUUCCUCACGUUUCAAACUACUGGUGUGGUUAUUGAACUAACAAAAAGAAAAAACUUAGUUGGUAAAUAAAUAGUGACGGCGGGGCCGAUGAUGAUGAUGCCACUGAACAAUGUCAGAAGGAGGAAUCAGGAAGUGCCUUUGAUAUUCACUCGGGCACUGCAAUGGAAGCAUACGACAGUAGCAGUUCAGAUGACUCUGGCCCUUACUGGAACACAUUCAAAUGCGCUCCUUUCUAUCAGCCUAUUGACUAAUCGUUACAUCUUCACUAUACAUUUGUAUACUGUACAUAAAAAAACUAUGUUACAUUUGUUGAAAAAGAAAAACAUUCUGUUGCUGUUACUGUUUUAAGACUGACUGAGUUUGGUAAAAGAAGGAUUGGUAUGAACCUGACCACUAUGAGUUAAAAAAAAACAAUACAGAUCGAGUACCAUUCAUAACAUGAAAAAAUACAUUUUCAGUUAUAAUAACAUAUCAACUAUCCGUGCACUUUUGAUCGCGGCUCGUUUUAAGAAGGGCUUUCAUGAAAUUAUCUGCCAUUCAGAUGUAUUAUAAUACAGGAAAAUCACAUGACGAUGACGUUGAUUAAACAACAAAGCCAAACUAAAACCAUGGGCUGUUUUCAAAGCCAUUUCAAAGCCAAGCAAAUUGGAAGCGAUUCUGCGUUAAGUCAAUGCUCAUCUCCAGCCAAUCAGAGUGCUUUUUAACCGUGCGAUUCAGCUUUAUGUAUGCAAUUCCGUUAAUAUUACGUGCACGGCCAUCGUAUUUCAAGCAGUGCUUAAUAUUUCAGUAGCACAAAACCCAUUUAAUAGUACGCGCACAUCGCCCAAAGGCGCCCAGAAAUUGUAACCCUCCCCUAAAUGCUGGCCCAGAAAAUUUUAGCCCUCCCUAAAUGGGCGUCCAAAAAAUCGCAGCCCGCCCCCAAAAUUUACCAGCCCUCCCCCCAAUAGUUAAUGCCCGCUCCCUAACUAACGUUUUGCAUGCGAAAAAGAAGGGAGUUGCGAAGGCUAAAUUAAAAGAAAGGCCGGUUUUUCAGCUUUCUUGCACUAUAAAGGGGGGGAUCACAAGGGAGGUAUAGGAGACUUAUUAGGACUAAAAGAAUUGAUGAUAUUACAAAAUCAUUCUAGAUAUUGACGAAUGUCAAAAGCAAAACAACACGUGUAGCAAAAAUGCGACUUGCACGAACACAGACGGAUCUUACGGAUGCAUCUGCAAUACUGGCUUCUUUGGAGACGGAUUCAAGUGCACAGGUAUCACCGUGUUCUAUCUAUGGCGUAGAUGGUCUAAAGAGUUCAGAUUCCUGAAUCAAGUGAUUGCGAGCCAAUUUUUUAAGGAAGGGAAAACAAAGAUGGAAAAUAGCAUGCCCUGUAAACGGAUUUUAGGCAGACUAUCAAAUGAAUGAAGUAGUUUUCGUAUCGAUUCAUGGAUGCACGUCAUCGAUAAAGCCGGUGUUUGAGGCGCCGUUUGAGGCCAUAUAGUCUCAUCGUAAAUAAUCUCCAAUAUCCUGAGCGGCGGAGAGAAACUGACGAGCCAAAGUCGUUCCCAGGGUUCUCUUCUAACCGUACCUGCGGGUAGGAGAGAGAACUUGGGAACGAGGUCGCCGACGAGCGACCAUGUUCGAAGGCUUAGCAAGAAGUCGUUGAAAGUUUUUUUUAAAAACUAAUGAUCUUCUAAUGGUUUAUUUCUGAUCGACCUCGAAUAACAAAAAAGCGUCAAGCACAAUCAUAUGAUCAUGGCUAACUAACUCGUAGGAAAACGUCAUGACUUCUCUCAGCGUACUUUCAUGCAAAUUGUUGUUUAAGCUCGCAAUCACUUCACACUGUGAACUUUAUUCUUUCUUCCCUUUAGUAUGUUACACCAUCUUUGAUUUCGAAGACCACGAUUUAUCAAAUUGGACGUUGCAUGGGACUGCAUUCAGUAAUCAGCCAACAUACGGAGACAACCCAUCAGAGAGGCUAAAAAACGAUCCAGGAAACAGGAAAGAACCGUCAAAUCACCAAGGGCAUUGGUGGAUUGGUACCUUCGAAAAUCGGUCCAGUUCUUCCCACCCGGCGGGAGAAAUACAAGACGAUAAACCUCAAGGCUCAAUGACGUCACCCAGUUUUUUAAUUGAUGCAAACUUUCUCACGUUCCUGAUUGGAGCAGGCUGUCAAAAUUUCAAGACUCGUGCUGAGCUUAUAGUUGACGGGGAUGUGGUUUUUACAACGAAAGCUAAAAGGCAUCAUCAUCCGAAGAGGUGCACGGAAACUAUGUUUGAGAAAAAGUGGAAUGUGUCGGGAUUCACUGGUAGCCAAGCUCAAUUGCGUUUGAUUGACCACUCUUCGGGACACUGGGGUCACAUUAACUUUGAUCAUUUACAAGCUUGCCACAAACUACCUUAA